UCGUUUUAUUUAAAAUUUGGAGUUUUUACCUAGGGUCUCAGUCCUGUCUAUCAUAAUUCCCAUGUUCUUUGUGAAUCAACGCUAUCGUCGUUGCAGACUGCUAUAUCUGUCUAGUGUCUACUGAUUUCUUUAUCCAGUCUUUGGAGAGCUGAUUUCCGGAUAACUGGUUGUACGUGUCACUACGUUUGGAUCUCGACGAAUGGAACUGCAUCAGGCCUGCAUUUUUUAUCAACCGGAGAAGAGCGAGGAAAAGACGUCAAAGAGUAGUAGGCCGAAGGCCGGUACCCCAAAAAAGAGGGGAAACAACGUGGUUACUGCUAAAUCAGAUGAGGAGCUUUUUCUUGCUUCUGCACCGAACUGCUCCAAGGACGAUUUCGAAAGUCUGGAACUGCUAAUCGAGCCAUUUACGAAGGUGAGCAAUGAGGAGGAGCAAGAUACGGAAGUGCGCAGACUUGCCGAACAAGUUAUCGAAUGCGCCAAUGGGAUGAUGAGUCGAAAGGAGAUAAAAACGGCAAAUCUGCCACAGAUUGCGGAUUUCAAGGCCGAAGUUCCUUUACUGAAAGUUGCUCUUGAGGAUGAUGCUGCAGUCGAUGCUUUCGUCGGGGCUCUUCAUGAUCACGAAAGUUCCUUGCUCGUCCAUUCAUUUGACGGAUCCGCCAUUUCGAAUAUGAAUGACAUUGAUGUGAUGAUGGGCACGGAAUUGACAUCCAGCGAAGAAAUGGCUCAGUUCGGGCUGAUCGGCUACCUGCAGGAAGAGAAAAAAUUAAGCCGGAAGAAAUCGGACAAAGCAAACGCAGAGCCCGUAAUUGAUCUUUAUUUUGUUUUUACCCACGGUGAACUCGUAAAGCGGGAACUUCUCUUGAAAUUCGCCACUGUCAUUCAAAGCAGCGGAUACGACGCGGCUGUGGUUUUGCUUUUUCGAGGACGCGCUUCCGCAAUGGAAAACCGGUUUUCCAAUUCGUCGACGGUUGUUUGCGAACAAUACAUUACCCCGGAGAAGUCUGUUGUAGCAGAAGAUCUUUUGUUUGAUAUCAUCGAGAGCAAAAAACUGCCAUUCAUGUUUGGACCAAAAGUUGUUUCGUUUCUAAUGGACUGCGUUAUGGGGCAUUAUGAGUCGCCGCGGUUGCUGAAAAAUGCUUUAAAGGCUUGUGUACUGAUUUAUUACACAAAAGAGCUUUACAAAGAUACGAAGUUUGUCCCGCUGGAUCGAAUUAGCAACACUUCUGAUUUUCGUGAACAUUUGGAUUCGUGUCGGUCUUCUCCUUCGUUUCGCAGGUACCUGAAAAGCCGCGAAGGUUCGGAGAGGGUGGAGUUGUUGUUAAAUGACGAGGUUAUGGUGGAAUUAAUUAAAAAAUCUUUACUCGAAUACCGGUCGCUGUACGAUAUUGCGCUGCUAACUACAACCAUCGUGUCGAAAAUUUUGUCGGUUAUUUGUAAAUUACCGUGGUGGAAAUGCUAUUCCCAGAUCCUGUCUAAAACUACAUGGAACGAUUGUCCAGAUCUACACGAACAUGGGCUAAAUCCAAUUAAGAUAACAGAAACCUUGAAAAAAUGCAUCGCUGUUCUCAAAGAAAAAAAGAAUAAGAAUAUUUCUUCCGCCUCUGCGAUGGAAAAGUCAGUACAGAAAUAUAUUGACUCGGGAAUAAAUGAGCCGGAAGAAACGCUGCUGAAUUUUAGGAAACAGCCGAAACAGCGGUCACUUCUAAUAUCUUUGUUGGAUGAUUUGAGCCGGUACGUGAAACCACUGGACCAUCUACUGUUUGGGGAAAUUUUGAUUUUUGAUGACGUGCAGAGUGUGAGCGACGUACUGCUACCGGAUAUCAAAGCUAUUUGCAGCGGUGUUUUGGGAGAUUGUAAUUCCUUACUUUCCAAGAGUAAAGGAGAAAGCGGAACUGUGCCGGAUCUUUGCCUUGUGUACAAAACGUUGAAGUCUAACAGGCGCGCUUUGGAUCUUUCUAAGUCUUGCGCCGGGUUUUCUAGUCAGUUACGGGAAUAUUUGGAAAAGAAGGAUGUGGAGCACAGUUCUCUUGAUUCCCAAGUUCACGCGCGCUUCACAUCGUGUUUACCGGCACUCCAGAAUUUGGGAAUUCUGGCGAUGACGCAAAUGGGCAGAAAACGGACUUACAGCAUUGUUUAAAGUCUGUGAUGGUCUGAUGGUUUGAUUUCGCGCCAUCACGAUAAGUGUUUACGACGUCCUUGUCAUCAUUGUCAUUAAAUUGCAUACAUGUCGCACCUGUUGAUGUGCGUAUCUUUGCUGGUGGCCAUUCAUGGGAUCAGGCCGAUCAGCUAUAUGUGACUGUUUUCUUCACACACUCUAUGCUCAGUGAUGAAUUAAGCCUCUUAACAUGGUAAUUGAUCCUUUGCGCUUUUGUGCCAUGUAAUGGCUUUCGGUGUUGGUACUUUGUUAAUUAACUUCGUUCAAAGGCAUGCCGACCGCAAAAUAUCUGUGACAAACCGAACGGAUUAUCUUGUACCAUCGGAAGCUGUGACAAAAUUAGUGCAGAAGAUCCAA